GGUACUUUUCAAGGUAGUACUUGUUACACACACAUGGCCAGCGCUAUUUCGGAUGUUUCCUUUGUAUCAUGGGCAUCAGCUGCUACGGAAUGCACUAAUCCGACAUUUAAAACAGCAUUAAAUCGACCAUGGCCUAAUACUUCAAUGCACAGAGAUGUGUUAUCUGUACUUGCAGCUGUUACUAAGACAAUCAAAGAUAACGGUGGGAAGGAAUCGCCCACUGAAUACUAUGCCGCCUUGGUUAGUAAUGUUUGAUAAUAAGUAUUUGUUCAUGAUUCUAGUUGACUCUUUUAAAUGAGUCCUCUGAAAAAGUGGCUGUUGCUUAUUUACUAAAGCUAGUCAUGUGCAAGUCUGUCCAGGAUUCACUGUUACGCAAAACAUGUGGAGAAGCUGCCAAAACACUUAUCAAACUUUUGCCCCACAAUAUCGGCACUGAUGCUUGUCUCAUUAAAUCCGUAAUGUUUAAAAUCGUUUUGUCAAAUCUGUAGGUCUUAACGUGCCUCGGUAAACUUUUACGGGCUCAGUCGUAUGACUCUUGGUCAACCGAAUCCAUUCGCCAUAUAUAUCGUCACGUUUUGCGUUUCGUUGAUAUUGAAAAACCCAGCAUUCGUAAGUCAUGUCAUUCAUCAAUUGUUGAUAUCUUGGGUUCAUUAAACGUCGUCAGUUUAACUGGAGAUGUCGUUUUUCAUCCCGCUUGCCAUCAAACCCAAGAACAUCUGUGCUCUGUUAUCCGUCAAGAGACAAGGUAUCUUUUUAAUAGUCUAGUAAAAUUUUUAUCAUCAAUUUUUUUGAAAUCUGGGUAUUAAUAUUAUGAGAAUCUCAGUCGUUCAUUAUCUCAACUAUUCACUCAGCAUCAAAUACUAAGUCGCAAUAAAGCUUUUAGAGUUUGUGUGUAUGUUCACCGUGCAAAGUUGUGCCAAAAGUGGCUAAAAUCUAGCCAAAUUUGUACGUGCAAAAAUUCAUUAUUCGGUUCGUUCCUACCUUCACCAUUGGAUCACAACAGUAAUAAUUCCUUCCUCCAGGUUCUUUUGGAAAUUUUAAACAGUAUCUUCAUUUUUACUCGUAUUACUUCAUUUUGUUCUGAUUGCUGUUUGUUGCUCUGUAUUCACAUAUCGUAUUAGUAAUUAGUACAUUCUUCAUUCUAGCUCGUAAAUUUGAACUUUUAUUGAACUAUGCAUUACUAUAAGAUGCGUCCCGUUCCCUGUUACUACCAUGACGCAAUGACUGCUAUUAAUUUUAUCCCCUUUUCCAUAUGUAUGUAUUAUAACUCCAUUAAACACUGGUUCAAAUUAUCUAAAUAAAUGUCUGAUGAGAAACUAAUAAAUAAUUUCUCUUAAGGUAUUUUUCCCAAUUUUUCAUAAUGGGAUUAUACAAGAUAUUCCAAUUAAUUCCGUAAAAUUAUGUAACUGAUUAACAAUAUUUUUUUAGACAACUAAUAUCCUCACUGCAUACAAAGGAUGUUCAUUGCACUCGCCUCUUGCAUUGUCUAAAUUUAUUAACUUCAAUAAUCCCUUUACUCCCUUCAAAAGAUGUAAAAUUGGCCUUUGAAUGUGUUCUUGAGUUAGCGAACUUCCCAAAUCCACUGGUUGUAACCAAAGUGUUUCAUAGUUUUAAAAUAAUGUUUGAUUCAAAGCCGUCAUUAAAAACUUUACCUAUUGAUAUAGCUGCACGUCUGUUAACAGCACUGUAUUCAUGUCGACCCAAUGAUCCAAAUGUUUUUACAAUAUCUACUACAAAUAAUACAUGUACUGGAGUAGACGCAUUAAUUUCAUGGAUGCAAGCCCUCAUCUCAGGAUGUGCAUAUUUGUGUGACUUUUCAUUGUUAGCUGUGAAAACUGAGGAUAAUGAGUUGAGGAAAACAAUUGAAAAUGUUGAACGGUUCAGUAUUCAACGCUUGGCUAAUGAACACUUAGAUCGUUUGGUUAAAACAUUAAUGUCUUUAUUGAUAUCUACUCCACUUCCACAAUUAAGAGAACCGGUUACUCAAAAAUUAAAUCAACUUUUUACUGAGGUUGUUGAUCCUCAGCUAGUAUCAUGUCAGUUAGCUGAUAUACUUCCAGACUUUAUUCCUAAUGUCCUAUGUAGUUUUAUUACUGGUCUUCAAUAUACACACUAUGAAAUAUGGAACCAUAUAUUAUGUUUAAUUGGUCGAUUUAUUAUGAUUAUUUCUAAAGUGUUCCCUUCUAGUACAACACUAAAUUCUAAUUCUCUCGUUGAAUUAUUGAAAGUAAUUUUGCAUCUACGUGAUUGUCUAGUUGAUGGGCCUAAAAGUUUAAUCAAUCUUAUCCAUGUUGAUCCGGAGAAUUUUCCUCUAAUUGGAUUAAAUGAUUUGGGUGAAAAAAUUAUCGAUGGACUGGAUAGUGUUUGUUUAUUGGCUGUUGAAUAUGUCGGUCCAGAAUUAAUUCUACCAGGAAAUAUAUUUUCUUUGGAAACGAUUAUUGAAGAGUUAGAGACUGGUAAAAUUGACCUUCAAAGAUCUUGGUUUCUGCCGUUAUUAUCACGUGCAGUACCACAGAAAUCAAUUGCAUUAUCAAUCUUUCAUAAACAUAUCCUUCCGUUAGCCGACAGAGCUCUUGCUGUAGCCAGUGUAUACUCUUCAGCGAAUGUUUUAUCUGAUAAAACAAAGCCUCCAAAUAAUGCUUUAAUAACUUUAUCAAUUAAAGUAGCUUGUCAACUCUGGUCCUCACUAAACAUGUUUGUACAUCACAGCCCUGUAGAUUGGUCAGAAUUAUCAACUGGUGGGUUAGGAUGUCGACUAGUUAAAGAAUUAAAUUCAGCUCCCGCAUUGAGACCAAUUAUUCUGCAUACAUUUCGUCGAUUAGCUAAACUAGCCGUUGAUAAUGAUCUCGCUAUUACAGUUAUGCGUGGCGGUGCUAAAACAGCUAUUCCAAAUAUGUUAUCGUUGUAUGAAACACUGGACACGUUUACACAACAUUCAUUAAAGCAAAAAAUUCAAGCGACCUUAUCAUAUUAUCUACCAAUUUUAUCACCAAAAAUGAUCAGUUCUUUGACAAAAACUGCUAUGAUUAAAUUUGAAAAUACAAAAGAACCAGUUUAUUUGGAAAUAUUUCAAAUUUUAAUUGCUUACAAUUCUGUACAAGAAUUGGAACAAAUCAUAACAAGAAUUAAUGAAUAUUUAAGUGAUCCUCAAUUAUCAAAACCUUUAAGAAAACGUGUUUGUCGUGUGUUGGAGAGUAUUUGUGCUGGAAGUACUAGUCAAGCAGAUGAUUUUUUAAAUUUACACUUUAAUGAUGUUAUUCGUAUGAUUUAUAGUUUAACAAGGAAACCAGGUACUAAUAAUUCAACAACUGUUACAUCAUUAACAGAUAAAUCAUUAAAAAUCGACAAUAAUCUUACUGAAACAAUUGAAGAAAAAUUAACUACAUUAUCAGUAUGUGAAAUGAAAAUUGGUAAACCUAAUAAAUCAUCACAAUUCUUUAUACCAUGGAAAUCUAUUUUACGAUGUAUUCAACAUUUAUUUAAACGUUUAGUCACUAAUGAAUUGAAUACCAUUAACAAUAGUAAUCAGUCCAGUGAUGAAAAUUUGACAACUAAAAAUUUAAUGGAUAAUGAACGUUUAAAAGAAUUUGCAAAUAUGUUUCUGCCUGAAAUAUUAACAUGUUUAUGCGAAUUAAAUCAAACAGUAAGAAAUUUAGCUGGAAAUUUAUUAAUCAAUCUUGUCUAUGCAUUUGCUGGUCAACAAGCAUGGGAUAAAAAUAAAUCCUCUUUAUCAAUAUAUCAAUCACAAAAUAAUUUAUUAACUUUUGAUAGUAGAAGUUCACGUCCGCCAACUAUAAUGAAUAAUAUUAUGAAUGAUGAUACAGAUACUGAAGAUGAUAAUAAUGUUGAAUCCAACAAUAAAUCUACUAACUCUUCUUUAAUGGGAGGUUUAACAUAUUCUGAUGGAGAUGAUGAUAUUAUGUCAACAAAGUCGAUGCCACGUGGUAGUCUUAUAUCCGAACAAAUAUGUCAUGCUUUAAACUUGGUUUUAUCACGUUUAUGGCCAUGUCUACCACCACAUAAUCGUCCUGCUACAAAUUCAAUUGAAUUAGCCCUACAACAAUCAUCUGCACGUGCAAUGUGUUUACUCAUGAGACAUCGGCGUUUCAGACAAGCGCUUAUUUUGAAUAUUAAUCCCGAAUCAAAUUUAAUCUCUCAAUUAGUGUCUACAUUAUUAUCUGAAGUGAAUUUGAUUAGUCAAUGUUUAGUUCAAUCAAAUCAACGUAAAUUAAUUCGUUUAGGUUUACAACUCGCUCGGUCAUUAAUAAUAUUCAUUAAAGAAGGUUCUAUUAGUUUAGCUUCUGUGCUUGAGACUUUACAGUCCAUUCAUUCAUCGUGUAAACGUCCUUUACGUUUUGUUGUGAAAUCCAUACUAGAAAAAAUGGUCAAAAAGUUUGGACGUCAAGCUAUCCAGGGUUUGUUGAGUGUUGAACAUCAAAAAAUGGUGCGCAAUUCGGUUAAACUAAUAGCUCGUCGUGAACGUAAAUCUAAAAUGCUUGAACAGUCAACAUCAAAGACAACAUCAUCGUCAUUGAUUAGUGGAUCUACUCGCCAACAAAUAUCCGAUAGUGACUCAGAUCAUAAUUCAAGACGAUCAAUAUCCAAUGAUAUUAAAAGUAUUCGUUCAUCUAUUCACAGUAAACCAUCAUCGUUAUCUCUGCCAAAACGUGUACAUAUAGCUCGGAUGGAUGAACUGUUAGCCACCUCUUCAAGUGAAGAUGAUGAUCGUCCUUCAAUCCAUUCACAUGCUAAAUCUAAUCGGAGUCAAACUAAAUCAUCAUCUCGUGACAGUUUAUCAUUAAAACAUACAAAAUCAUUAGUAGAAGAAUUGGAAAAUGCCAAACUUACCGCUGGAUUGUGUAGACGUUCACGUAGAAAUUUAACUGAAAAUGGAUCUUUCAAUAAUAUGAUAGACAAUAUGGAUAUUGAUAUUGGUGCCUAUAGUGAAGAUGAUGAUGACGACGAUGAAGAGAUUAAUAAAGCCUUAUGUAAACAUCCAUUUAAAUCUAAACAUCAAGUUCGUUUUGCCACUGAUACAAUUAGUCAUACAUCAAAAUCUCGUAGUCAGGUAUCACGACAUACAUCAUUAUCAGCAGUAACCACUGCAUCAUCACGUCAUCAGCCUUUGAAUGAUUCAGAUCUAUGGCUUGUAGAAAAUCCUGACAGUUCAGAAAUUUUAGAUUUAUCUGAUCCUAAAUCACUCGCUCGUCAUACAGCUUUUGCACCGGAUGGUAUGACAGCAAAAGCUAUGGUUAACAUUUUUCAGAAUUCACUGGCUGAACAAUCAAAAUUAUCUGCUUCACAAUCAACUAAUAAACAUGGUAAUCUACCUUUUCCUAUUGUUAACGGGAAAAUUGUUAUUAGUGGUAGUACGACUGAUGAAAAUCAAUCAAUGCUGACUAAAAAAGAUCAUUUAGCAGGAUGGGAUUUCGAUGGUGAUGACGAUGAAGAUGCUAACAUACAAUCGACCUGCUGUGUAAAUAAAAACGAUGUUAAACAUAGAAAAAAGAGAACUAUUCCAAUACCUGGUCGUAUCUACGCAUCAAGCAAAGCAAAAGGUGAUAUGAAGCGACCUGGUAUGCCAGAACCUUUUGCGUUUGUUCCACUUGGAGCUGGCAUCGGUAAAUCAAACAAUUCAAUUAGUCAAAGAGUAACGCCACUUGAACGUCGGCGUCUUUUGAGAGAAGUUGGUAUGGGAAGACAGAAACGAAAGAGGAUUCAAGGUGGUAAACAAAUGAAAUCUUCGAAGAAUAUUCCUUUAAAAGGUGUUCAUAAAAAGACUAAAUUUUUAAAAUUAUCGAAAGCUAAAUUUUCACAAGAUAAUAUAUAAAACAUAACUGGAAAAAAAAAUUUGUGAUCAUAUUUGUCUCCUGAUCAUAAUGUUAUUAUCCUACUAAAUGAAUUUCUUUGAUUAUUUAAGACUUAUUCGGUUAUGAUUUUAAGUUUAAUUAAUGGCCAGUAAAUUUAUCACAAUUUUUAACUCGUUUAUUUACCACAUUUUGUUGAAUCUGUCCUAUGAUAAGUCUUGCAAAUUAAACGCUAUGUUCGGUUCC